AUGUUGAGUGAUGGUUCCCUGGCCUCCUCAGCCAACACAGAGAAGGUGGAGAGGGGAGGAGAGCGGGAGAGAGGGAUGCAGACGGGUGUUUUAGUCAUUAUAUCAGGUCUGCAGUAUCUGUGUCUGUCAGAGGAGACUUUAAACAGAGCUCCCAGCAUAGUUUAAUUCCAUCUGCACAUACACACACACUCACAGAUACAGUCCUACACACACUCUCUCUCACACACACACACACCCCCUCAAACUGUGAACUGCAAUGUGACUGUUUACUUCAUCUGUUGCAUCUCAGCUAAUCUUUGAUAUACACAUGCAUGUACAGAUAGACAAGAUCUGAUAUGUAGUUGUUUAUGCCAUCUGUUGCCUCUCAGCUAGUCUCUCAUUCAGUAUGUUGUGAAGAAGUGCUAAGCUAGAGUAGGGUGUAAUGACAUACAGUGCUUGUUAUUACAACCAGCUCAUUAUGUAUUGACUGCUGCUAAACACUGACAUUGUGUGGUAUCAGAGGAGCUUUUGCAAUUCACCCUGCAACAUAUUUAGUGUGUACGUGUAGGGCUGUGACAGUCAUGGAAUUUUGGAUGACGGUUAUUGGUAAGGGUUAGGGUUUAGAGAUGUCCUAAGGAUACCGGAUAGCACAAACCUUUCAGCAAGGAGUAACCUUGUAAAGAGUCCAUGUUACCGCGGAAACUGAUUCAACCGCACGAAUCCCCGGCUGUCCCGUCUUUAGUCAGCUUUUUGUGGAACGAACAGCUAUCAAAACAAAAAAGUAUUAUUAUUAAUUUGUUAACAAUUAUUUUAUUUUCAUGAUGGUCUUCAUCCAUAAUCGUUGGGUACACAAUUAGUAGUUAAUUGUGCCAGCCCUGUGUACGUGUGCACUGAGUCGACCACACACCCCUCCUCUCGUUUGGAGAAGGUUAGGGGUGUGUUGGAGUCCUGAGAAAUGGGAUUAGCAUUUUUUCACCCCUUGUGCACGGCUGUUUAUGAUUCUUCCCCCCUCUCUCCAUCUCACUCUCUCUCCUUCUUUCUCACAUUGUCUUUGGGCUGGGUUUUCCUACCCCCUAUUCAAAUUCUUUAAGUCAGCUGUGUGGUUUAUGUGAGGCCUGUAGUUGAAAGACUCCUAACUGCUAUCUGUGAACCAGGACAAUGACACAUCUCACAUCUCUUGGGGUCUGCAUUGGGUUAGCCUUGUUACUAGGCUAUGUUUUGUUUUUGUGAUUUAAGCUGAACUCUGACAACCCCCUUGAUUCUUGGGCUCUCCCACUUCUCUGUCUCUAUCCCCCUCUUUAUCUCACUACAUUUCUGGCUAUCCCCCAUCUUUCAUUUAUUUCUCUCUCUCACUGUUCGCUCUCCACAGGGUCUCUGGAUUAGAUUAGCGUUGUUGCAAGGAUAUGUUUUAAUGUCACAUGCACAAGUACAGUCAAAUGCCUUUCUUGCAAGCUCUAACCCCAACAAUGCAGUAAUCAAUAACAAUGUAAUACUAAAACAAAAUAGAAAUAAGAACACAAAGUAAGCACGCAUACUAUAUACAGGGUCAGUUCCAGUAUCAUAUUUACAAUGUGCAGGGAUACUGGAGUGAUAGAGGUAGACACUGCAUUCGGAAAGUAUUCAGACCCCUUGACUUUUUCCACAUUUUGUAACGUUACAGCCUUAUUCUAAAAUGUUUUUUUUUCCUCAUCAAUCUACACACAAUACCCUAUAAUGACAAAGCAAAAACAGGUUUUUAGAAAUCUUUGCAAAUUUAUAAAUAAUAAAAAACUGAUAUCAUAUUUAGAAAAGUAUUCAGACCCUUUACUCAGUACUUUGUUGAAGCACCUUUGUCAGCGAUUACAGCCUCAAGUAUUCUUGGGUAUGACGCUACAAGCUAGGAAAACCUGUAUUUGGGGAGUUUCUGAAAAUAGCUGGAGGUCUCUCCAGAGAUGUUCGAUCGGGUUCAAGUCUGGCCUCUGGUUAGGCCACUCAAGGACAUUCAGAGACUUGUCCCGAAGCCACUCCUAUGUUGUCUUGGCUGUGUGCUUAGGGUCAUUGUCCUGUUGGAAGGUGAACCAACGCCACAGUCUGAGGUCCUGAGUGCUCUGGUGCAGGUUUUCAUCAAGGAUAUCUCUGUACUUUGCUCUGUUCAUCUUUCCCUCGAUCCUGACUAGUCUCCCAGUCCCUGCCGCUGAAAAACAUCCCCACAGCAUGAUGCUGCCACCACCAUGCUUCACCGUAGGGAUGGUGCCAGGUUUCCUCCAGAUGUUACGCUUGGCAUUCAGGCCAAAGAGUUCAAUCUUGGAUUCCUCAGACCAGAGAAUCUUGUUUCUCAUGGUCUGAGAGUCCUUUAGAUGCCUUUUGGCAAACUCCAAGCGGGCUGUCAUGUGCCAUUUACUGAGGAAUGGCUUCCGUCUGGCCACUGUACCGUAAAGGCCUGCUUGGUAGAGUGCUGCAGAGAUGGUUGUCCUUCUGGAAGGCUCUCCCAUCUUCACAGAGGAACACUGGAGCUCUGUCAGAGUGACCAUCGGGUUCUUGGUCACCUCCCUGACCAAGGCCCUUCUCCCCCGAUUGCUCAGUUCGGCCCGGCGGAAAGCUCUAAGAAGAGUCUUGGUGGUUCCAAACUUCUUCCAUUUAAGAAUGAUUGAGGCCACUGUGUUCUUGGGGACCUUCAAUGCUGCAGAAAGUUUUUGGUACCUUCCCCAGAUCUUUGCCUCGACACAAUCCUGUCUCUGAGCUCUACUGACAAGUCCUUCGACCUCAUGGCUUGGUUUUUGCUCUGACAUGCACAUGUCCAAUCAAGUUAUACAAACAUCUCAAGGAUGAUCAAUGGAAACAGGAUGAACCUGAGCUCAAUUUCAAGUCCCAUAGCAAAGAGUCUGAAUACUAUGUUAAUAAGGUAUUUCUGUUUUUUCAUUAUGGGGUAUUGUGUGUAGAUUGAUUAAGAAAUGUUUUUAUUUAAUCCAUUUUAGAAUAAGGCUGUAACGUAACAAUGUGGAAAAAGUUAAGGGGUCUGAAUACUUUCCAAAUGCACUGUAUGUGUCGGGGUAAGGUGACUAGGCAUCAGGAUAUAUGAUAAACAGAGUAGCAGCAGCGUAUAUAUUAAGAUUGUAUGUCAGUGCGUGUGUAUAGAGUCAGUAUAAAUGUAUCUGCAUAUUAUGUGUGUGAGCGCAAAUGGAGUGAGUGUUUGUAUGUGUGUAGAUGUCAGUGUGCGUAAGUGUGUAGGGCCCUGUGAGUGUGCAUAGAGACAUAAUAAUUAAAAUACAGGGGUCAACUCAGGUAGUCCGUGUUGUCAUUUUGUUAGCUAUUUAGUUAGUUAUUUAACAGUCUUAUGGCAUGGGGAUAAGAAGCUGUUCAGGAGCCUGUUGGUGUCAAACUUGAUUCACCGGUACAUAGUGUUUUGGGGAUUUUGUGACAACUUCUUAUGACUGUCUCUCUGUGUUUUUCUCUCUCUGUCGGUCUCUCUCUGUCUCUCUCUGUGUCUCUCUCUCUAGACAUCCGUCAUCCAGAGGAGGCGUCUCUACUGCGUAAGCCCCGUGACCCCAAGAAGAAGAAGAAAAAGCUGGAGGAGGCUGAGGAGGAGGCUCUGGAGCUGGAGGGGCCACUGCUCACCCCUGGAUCAGGUAGUAAGUUUCACUAAUUUACCUCAAACACCCAAAGCCUACCCUGAACAGCCUUCUACUCCAUAAUGUCCUACUGGCUGGGCCUAUGGAUGCUAACCCAGUUAGCAUAUGCUGUCCAGCUGAGCUAAGCUAUGUCUUAAACACAGACCUGGCUCUGUGGCUCUCACAUGCUGCUCUGAUGAAAGACGCAGUCAUAAUAUAAGGGAUGCUACUGUACCAGGGAUCUUAUCUUGAUUGGAGGAAAAUCCUUUCAUUACAUCACCAUGACAUUCUAUUUAGAGAAAGUGUUGGAGAAUUCUGGUUACACUUCCACUCCUGGAAUGUCCACGAUGGAAUCACGUCUUCACAGUCCAAUAACAGGUUGAAUAGCAGGAGCAUCUGUUUAAAAAUAGUAGAGGCAACAAAAUAUGAGAGUUUUGGUAUUAUCUGCCUAAAUAAGAAUGUGUGAGUUUGAGGAGUUAACGGUAUGAUUUGCAGACUCUGGGCUCCUUACUCCUUGACAGGGAGGGAGCGAAUGGUUGGGAUUCCUCACAUAGUUGGUCACCCUGCCAUUUUAAACCCAAACCAGGCUGCAGAGCAAUAGCUACACCCGGCCCCUCCUCCUCCCCCCUACUAGCCCUGUCAGUGAAUUAGCUACAGUGAUAUGAGGAAGGAGGAGGAACAUGGGGCCGUGCUGUGGUAUCUAUGCAGUGUUAGCCAGCGUUGCUAAUGCUAAGGCAGUGUGAAUGGGCCUCAUUGUCCCAACCCUGCCCCUAUAGCUACUUGGCCUACCAUCCAACACAUGCAUACAGUGGGGAGAACAAGUAUUUGAUACACUGCCGAUUUUGCAGGUUUUCCUACUUACAAAGCAUGUAGAGGUCUGUAAUUUUUAUCAUAGGUACACUUCAACUGUGAGAGACGGAAUCUAAAACAAAAAUCCAGAAAAUCACAUUGUAUGAUUUUUAAGUAAUUCAUUUGCAUUUUAUUGCAUGACAUAAGUAUUUGAUCACCUACCAACCAGUAAGAAUUAGUUAGUUUUUCUUUAAGAAGCCCUCCUGUUCCCCACUCAUUACCUGUAUUAACUGCACCUGUUUGAACUCGUUACCUGUAUAAAAGACACCUGUCCACACACUCAAUCAAACAGACUCCAACCUCUCCACAAUGGCCAAUACCAGAGAGCUGUGUAAGGACAUCAGGGAUACAAUUGUAGACCUGCACAAUGCUGCGACGGGCUACAGGACAAUAGGCAAGCAGCUUGGUGAGAAGGCAAUAACUGUUGACGCAAUUAUUAGAAAAUGUAAGAAGUUCAAGAUGACGGUCAAUCACCCUCGGUCUGGGGCUCCAUGCAAGAUCUCACCUCGUGGGGCAUCAAUGAUCAUGAGCAAGGUGAGGGAUCAGCCCAGAACUACACGGCAGGACCUGGUCAAUGAAGAGAGCUGGGACCACAGUCUCAAAGAAAACCAUUAGUAACACACUACACCAUCAUGGAUUAAAAUCCUGCAGCGCACGCAAGGUCCCCCUGCUCAAGCCAGCGCCUGUCCAGGCCCGUCUGAAGUUUGCCAAUGACCAUCUGGAUGAUCCAGAGAAGGAAUGGGAGAAGGUCAUGUGGUCUGAUGAGACAAAAAUAUAGCUUUUUGGUCUAAACUCCACUCGCCGUGUUUGGAGGAAGAAGAAGGAUGAGUACAACCCCAAGAACACCAUCCCAACCGUGAAGCAUGGAGGUGGAAACAUCAUUCUUUGAGGAUGCUUUUCUGCAAAGGGGACAGGACGACUGCACCGUAUUGAGGGGAGGAUGGAUGGGGCCAUGUAUCGCGAGAUCUUGGCCAACAACCUCCUUCCCUCAGUAAGAGCAUUGAAGAUGGGUUGUGGCUGGGUCUUCCAGCAUGACAACGACCCGAAACACACAGCCAGGGCAACUAAGGAGUGGCUCCGUAAGAAGCAUCUCAAGGUCCUGGAGUGGCCUAGCCAGUCUCCAGACCUGAACCCAAUAGAAAAUCUUUGGAGGGAGCUGAAAGUCUGUAUUGCCCAGCGACAGCCCCGAAACCUGAAGGAUCUGGAGAAGGUCUGUAUGGAGGAGUGGGCCAAAAUCCCUGCUGCAGUGUGUGCAAACCUGGUCAAGACCUACAGGAAACGUAUGAUCUCUGUAAUUGCAAACAAAGGUUUCUGUACCAAAUAUUAAGUUCUGCUUUUCUGAUGUAUCAAAUACUUAUGUCAUGCAAUAAAAUGCAAAUUAUUACUUAAAAAUCAUACAAUGUGAUUUUCUGGAUUUUUGUUUUAGAUUCUGUCUCUCACAGUUGAAGUGUACCUAUGAUAAAAAUUACAGACCUCUACAUGCUUUGUAAGUAGGAAAACCUGCAAAAUCGGCAGUGUAUCAAAUACUUGUUCUCCCCACUGUAGUCAGCCUGUAGGCUCAAGGGGGGGUGGGGGGUGAGAAUGUGAGAAAAGGGGACAGAAGGAGAGAGAGGGAGAGGCAGGAGAGGGGAAAAAGGGGAGCAUGUGAGAAGAAAAGUGAAGGGACAGUAAGCCUACAACCUCUGACACUUGGCUCCCUCUCCAAUGUUAUGUCAAUUAUAUGCUUGUUGGUUCCCAUUGCCAUUUGACUCCAUGGGUGACCCUGGGAAAUAGUCUCAGACUUUUUCUGAUUAUUAUUACACCCUUAUAUAUGACUGGUAUUGCCCCAAUUAUCUCCACACUGAUAUCCUAUUGAGCUGUGUUAAUUGUUGGCCAGGGGUUUCUAAAAUGAAUUAGGCCAAGCCUUACCUCUGUACAAAUAGUCAAAGGCGCUUUAGGAACAAAAAGACUUGAAGGAAAACGUGUGUGUGCGCGCGCACACACACCUUCUCCCCCAGCUCAGAUGGUAGGAGAGAAUAAAUGUUUAAUGUGCAGUGUUUCAUUGCCAAGCUGCUGGGAGUUAUUCCUGACUGUUGUGUUGCCUCCCCUCUGGGAGGGGCUGUGGCCGCCUGAUGGGAAUCACAAGGUCCAGGCCACGAUGCAAUCUACGACGCACAAACACACACCCACACGGAUGCACACACAGCCUCUUCCUUACACUUGAUGCAAUCUGUAUGGAGCUCAGCCCCAGCCUCUCCCAACAGUCCUGCCCAUUCCACUCAUACUGAAUGAGGCCCUCUGUGGCCUCUUUGACCUUGACCUGAUAACUCCUUAUCUCCUUCCUAACACACUCACUGGACCACAGAGGAAACUGGGUGAGGGGGCAAUACUGAGGUGAAGAUGAGUUGGCAAGAUUUGAGUUCAGAAGUUCACCCUAGACCAAGUGGAUGUAUGGGGUUGAUCCAGUUAGUGUUUAGAAUUAGUCAAUUCUGAGUCUAAGACCACAACCCAUCUCCACCCACAUGUCUACGGUGUCACUGGAAAAUCCCAGACCUCCAACUCACAUUCCAUUAAUAGAAACAUGAAUGUUGUUACUAUCCAUAUUACUAACAGUUUCCUAUGACUCAGAACUAGGACUAAGACCAUGCUUGCUCCUUCUUUGCCAUGGGGUCUGCUACUCUGCAGUUCCUCUCAGAUAAUAAUCUCUACGAUAUUCUCAUCAUGUAAAGUUGAUAUGAACAGGACUUUAAUUUCAGUAGGUGUGUUAUGUAGUGCUGGGUCAAUUUAACCAACGCCCUGCCCUGCCUGGCUUUUCAAUUAGAGAUGGAUGGGAACUGUCCAUGGUUUGUCAUGCCAUGUUCCUUUCUCCUCUGCUAGGAGGGCAAAAGGACCUCCUCUAAUCUGGGGUUGGUUAGAUUGGCAUACUGGCAGUGCCCUCCCCUGGUUGUCAUUCUCAUCCAUGUCUACUCCCUCCUUUUUCUUCCUUUUUCAUCUUGUCUUUUUAAUAUCUCUGGUUUUAAUAUCUCUUUAAUCUGUCCUCUUGUUUUUGUUCCUUUUCCUCUGCUUUCCUUCCCUUCCUCCUUUUCUUGUUUUCUGUCUUUUCCCUCUAGCCUCUGAGAUAAUUUACAUCGGGCCGGUCAAAGGUAAGGUUUCUCCUGGUCUUCUGUCUGCUUUCUCCCCUCCUCCUGUUUCCCUUACCCUCCUCACCCCUCAGCUGGAGUGAUGGUCUGGUCACCUGACAAGGCUGUAUCCAUAGGAAGCCAGCUGCUGCCCUUGUCACCUGACUGAGGAAAUCAGCUGACUCUGGUUACAUGAUAGGCUUUGCCUCACUCCAACAGAACCAAGCUCACUAAAAACAGCUUUGCUCACUUUGUGUUUGUUUUGCUAGAAAUCUGUUCACGUUUUGCUCAGCAGGUACCAGGAAGAGCCAAUUUAAAAUAAAUAAGUGGUUAGAAGAAGGAUGGUAUGUCCACAACAAUACAUUCACCCAAUUUCAAAUGGACCACCCCCAACCCAUAUCCAUACAGAAGCCAUGUGUAGAAACAGAGACACUUUUAUAUGGUGACGACACCUCCUAGUUUACAUCUAGGCGACAAAGCGCUGGGUGGUCUACCCCUCCAGACCCUAGCAGUCCCCAGUGAAAGGGGAUGAAGGAUUAGGAGGUGUUAACAUAGUCGGUGCCCUUCAGACCAUUUUCACUAUCCUACUGAAAGUCAACGGCUGGGAGUAAACACAUUGGCCUGACUGUUUUCUCUAGAUGAGGGGGUAUAUACUGUUAUCAGCUUUCCCUAGAUGUUUGGGAUUCCUCCUGUGACCAUAUGGGAGAGCAGCACUCUAGCUGACCUGCAUUGCCUCCCUCCCUGCAUUUAUGAGUCAACCUUUAUAGAGCCUUCUAGAAACCCUCGCUCUUCUCAUGACUUCGACUGUAUUAGACACACACAUACAGUGGGGGGAAAAAAGUAUUUAGUCAGCCACCAAUUGUGCAAGUUCUCCCACUUAAAAAGAUGAGAGAGGCCUGUAAUUUUCAUCAUAGGUACACGUCAACUAUGACAGACAAAAUGAGGGAAAAAAAUCCAGAAAAUCACAUUGUAGGAUUUUUAAUGAAUUUAUUUGCAAAUUAUGGUGGAAAAUAAGUAUUUGGUCAAUAACAAAAGUUUCUCAAUACUUUGUUAUAUACCCUUUGUUGGCAAUGACACAGGUCAAACGUUUUCUGUAAGUCUUCACAAGGUUUUCACACACUGUUGCUGGUAUUUUGGCCCAUUCCUCCAUGCAGAUCUCCUCUAGAGCAGUGAUGUUUUGGGGCUGUCGCUGGGCAACACAGACUUUCAACUCCCUCCAAAGAUGUUCUAUGGGGUUGAGAUCUGGAGACUGGCUAGGCCACUCCAGGACCUUGAAAUGCUUCUUACGAAGCCACUCCUUCGUUGCCCGGGCGGUGUGUUUGGGAUCAUUGUCAUGCUGAAAGACCCAGCCACGUUUCAUCUUCAAUGCCCUUGCUGAUGGAAGGAGGUUUUCACUCAAAAUCUCACGAUACAUGGCCCCAUUCAUUCUUUCCUUUACACGGAUCAGUCUUCCUGGUCCCUUUGCAGAAAAACAGCCCCAAAGCAUGAUGUUUCCACCCCCAUGCUUCACAGUAGGUAUGGUGUUCUUUGGAUGCAACUCAGCAUUCUUUGUCCUCCAAACACGACGAGUUGAGUUUUUACCAAAAAGUUCUAUUUUGGUUUCAUCUGACCAUAUUACAUUCUCCCAAUCCUCUUCUGGAUCAUCCAAAUGCACUCUAGCAAACUUCAGACGGGCCUGGACAUGUACUGGCUUAAGCAGGGGGACACGUCUGGCACUGCAGGAUUUGAGUCCCUGGCGGCGUAGUGUGUUACUGAUGGUAGGCUUUGUUACUUUGGUCCCAGCUCUCUGCAGGUCAUUCACUAGGUCCCCCCGUGUGGUUCUGGGAUUUUUGCUCACCAUUCUUGUGAUCAUUUUGACCCCACGGGGUGAGAUCUUGCAUGGAGCCCCAGAUCGAGGGAGAUUAUCAGUGGUCUUGUAUGUCUUCCAUUUCCUAAUAAUUGCUCCCACAGUUGAUUUCUUCAAACCAAGCUGCUUACCUAUUGCAGAUUCAGUCUUCCCAGCCUGGUGCAGGUCUACAAUUUUGUUUCUGGUGUCUUUUGACAGCUCUUUGGUCUUGGCCAUAGUGGAGUUUGGAGUGUGACUGUUUGAGGUUGUGGACAGGUGUCUUUUAUACUGAUAACAAGUUCAAACAGGUGCCAUUAAUACAGGUAACGAGUGGAGGACAGAGGAGCCUCUUAAAGAAGAAGUUACAGGUCUGUGAGAGCCAGAAAUCUUGCUUGUUUGUAGGUGACCAAAUACUUAUUUUCCACCAUAAUUUGCAAAUAAAUUCAUAAAAAAUCCUACAAUGUGAUUUUCUGGAUUUUUUUUCCUCAAUUUGUCUGUCAUAGUUGACGUGUACCUAUGAUGAAAAUUACAGGCCUCUCUCAUCUUUUUAAGUGGGAGAACAUGCACAAUUGGUGGCUGACUAAAUACUUUUUUUCCCCACUGUGUGUGUAUAUAUAUAUAUAUAUAUAUAUAUAUAUAUACACACACACACACACACACACACACACAGGCCAUUUCUUGUUGAGAUUGAGGUUAGUGGUUUGGCCUGCCUGCCUGCUUUUUCAGGCCAAUGGGGCCUGGUCAGUGUGUGGGCUGUUUCUACGGCCAAACAUACUGGACAGGCCAGCCAGCAGGAAAUGUCAUGGUUUCACAUUGGUUAUUUAUGUCUUAGUUCAAUUGUCAAUGGCUUAAAUCCGAAUACAACUCAAAAAAAUCAUACACACAAACCUCUCUCUAUACACGCAUACUUCUCCUCCACCCAAGGAAGAUCAAUCUCUCCCUCCAAACACACAUCCACCUUUUUCUCCUAAAUGGAACACAAACAAAGCAGAGAGAUGCUAGCUUUUAGAACCUUGCUGUCUCACUUUCGUGUAAGCCCCUCCCCCUCCACUGCCCCUCCCUAUCCCCCCCUCCCUCCCUAUAUGUUGCUGGUUGUGCUGUAUAGUUUGCUCUGUGCACCUUCCAGGUUGUGGACCAUGUGACCAUGAUCGUGUGCACCAUGUGCAUGCUAAAGCGCAUCAUAAUUCCCCAACAGCGUCGGCAGGGCAUCAAGACCACCUGUCAGAUCGGUGGUGCUACCAACCGCAGGCUGCAAGUGUGUGUUGUGGAACAAUGUUCACUUUAUUUUUGGAGGCACUUGUGCUUGGUACUGAAUGUGUGAGUGUAGUGCAUUAUUUUGCAGGGGACUGUAUUGUGACCGUGUUUUUAUCAUAUUCAGUGUUUUGCUGGUAUGGUACUUGUGAUGUGUGUCUUUCUUUGUCUUGGUGGAUGUCACUCACACAAUUGGGAUCAUUUCAAUUCAGGAAGUUAAUUGAAAUUCCAAUGUAAUGAUAUUAACAAAAAAAACUUGAAUUGGAAUUUCAAUUAAUCUCUCAAACUGAAAUGGAAUUGAGCCCAACAUUCCUUAGUCUACCCCAGGGUACUAAACAUGUGUUGUCUGGUUUGCAGGGAGCAUCUACUCCAGUCCAGGUCUGUACAGUAAGACCAUGACCCCCACCUAUGACUCCAGAGACGGCAGCCCCCUGUCCCCCACCACCGCCUGGUUCGGAGACAGCCCCCUGUCCGAGGGCAAUCCCAGCAUCCUUGCUGUCAGCCAGCCAAUCUCCUCGCCCGAUAUCCUGGCCAAACUCUACAAGCCCCAGUCCCUCCUGGACAAGGCCAAGAUCAACCAGGGGUGAGUCGCCCUAAUAAUACCCAUCUAGCACCAGUGUUGCCUACUGUACUGCAACUGGCCCCUGUUUCACAACUCUGUUACAACUCUGAGGUCAUUUUGAUUGUGGAACCUUCUCUCAGAAGUGUGACAGUCACUGUUCUGUCAAUGAUGAUGUCUUUUAUUUCUCCUGUGUGUGUGUGAAGGUGGCUGGACUCAUCCAGGUCUCUGAUGGAGCAGGAUGUCAAGGAGAACGAGGUGCUCCUCCUGCGGUUUAAGUACCACAGCUUCUUCGACCUCAACCCCAAGGUACAGUAUGUGGAGCCGUUUUUCCAUCAGAUGAGACUUUAGGGUUUCUCUUGAAACUUUUAUUGCGUUUCUCUGAAUUGUGUAACAGCUUACACACCACACCACAUGCAAAACAUGCACACACACACUCCCCACCAGCCUACAUCUGCAGCUAGCAGAUUUUGGGGGGCGUGUAGAGGAAGUACCCCUCUGGGCUGUCCUGUUUUCUCAGCUGGACUGUCUCUGAGUGCUGUGUGUGGGUCUAUGCUAUGUACUUGUGAAGAGGCAGGCUUAGUGCCAGGGCUAACGCUAUGUGUUCUCCCCCUUGCAGUACGAUGCCAUCAGGGUGAACCAGCUAUAUGAGCAGGCCAAGUGGGCCAUCCUGCUGGAGGAAAUAGAGUGCACUGAGGAGGAGAUGAUGAUGUUCGCCGCCCUGCAGGUGAGACGUGUGUGUGUGUGUGUGUGUGUGUGUGGAUGUGUACUGUAAUGUGCAGUUCCACGCGUGUGUGUGUGUGUAGGUGUCAUGUUAAUUGGCCUGGUUGAAGACUGAUUACUAAGCCCUCAAGUAGUUAUCUUCUCUAUGGGCUCACUGCCUGUUGAACAGAACACUGCGGAACAGCUAAUGAAUUGAAUGGGCGUGUUGACCAGGGGUCAGACUUGGAUGGGGUGGGUGUCUGGUCUGGUCUGCUGCAGUACUCAGAAACAUGGUUCCCCUAUUAAAGGGCAAAUCCAGUACUUUUCGACCUCCAUUUUCAUUAUCUCCGUCACAAUACCAGUGUCUACAUAUGUGAAAACUGCGCAUUUCUACCUUUUGUAAAAACAUUAGAAAAACAGUGAUUUUAAAACACUAUGAGAUUCACAGUGACGUGAUGAGCAAUAAAAUAUCCUCCCUCUGGCUAGAAACUCGUUGCAGGUUUUGAAAAUCACUGUUUUUCUUAGUUUUAAUCCUUCCCUGUGAUGUCACAGAGAAUCAUUUUUUAGGACCUUUCUUAUCGUUUUAACCACUGAUCAAAGAAACACGCCAUGUUCACAUAUGUAGACACUGGUUUGGUGCUGCCGAUAAUGAAUAUGAGGUUGAAAAGUGGCACAAUUGUCCUUUAACUAUAUGCAGGGCCGCCCCGGGCUGCAAUGAAACCAAAUGAUCCUGUCUGUGACACCUUAGCCUUAGCCCGGGGGCGGCCUGGCUAUUUCCAAACCUCGUAAAGCCUGAGUGACAGGACCUGGGGGCGCCAGUGUGUCCUCACCCCAAUGGGUAAUUAUAGAGUAACCACAUCUACUAGUGCUGAGCGAUUAGUGCUUGUUGAGGUCUGUUCGGUUUUGGUUCGAUUAUUAAACAAUAAACACGUUUUUUGGGGUUUUGAUUAUUUAUUUUAGUUUUUUUAAAUUAAAUGCAUUGUGGGUUGAAUGCUGUAACACAGAAUAAAACAAUUAAUACAAGUCCCAUGAUGGUAGUGACUGCCCAUUACUGCUUAUCACUUAUUAACCAUUUAUUCACAUUAUUUUAAUAAAAUAUUUCAGUUGUGGGGCCUCCCAAGUGGCGCAGCAGUCUAAGGCACUGCAUCGCAGUGCUUGAGGCGUCACUACAGACCUGGGUUUGAUCCCAGGCUGUGUCACAGCCAGCCUUGACUGGGAGACCCAUGAGUCGGCGCACAGUUGGCCCAGCGUCGUCCGGGUUAGAGGAGGGUUUGGCCGGCCAGGAUUUCCUUGUCCCAUCGCGCUCUAGCGACUCCUUGUGGUGGCCGGGCGCCUGCAAGCUGACUUCGGUCGCCAGCUGGACGGUGUUUCCUCCGGACACUUUGGUGCGGUUGGCUUCCGUGAUAAGCGAGCAGUGUAUCAAGAAGCAGUGCGGCUUGGCAGGGUCGUGUUUCGGAGGACGCAUGGCUCUCGACCUUCGCCUCUCCCGAGUCCGUAGGGGAGUUGCAGCGAUGGGACAAGACUGUAACUACCAAUUGGAUAUCACGAAAUUGGGGAGAAAAAGGGAUAAAAAAAGUACAAUAAAUACAAAAUAAAUAUUUCAGUUGUGUAUAUUAUAUUUGUUGUAUUUCAUUCCAAGUAAUCUCAUCUCUAUAGAGCUGCUGACUAUGCUGUCUGACAAAAUCACUAUUUUAGUAGUUAUUCAAAGUAAAUAAGGCAUACUUUUAUGACUGCUGAACACCAACUAUCAAUCACUUAGAUCAUGUAUUUUCAGGUAGAGAUACCUUGCGAAGCAACUGCUCUCUAUACUUCUCAAUCGCGCAUUUUUCUGUCUCUUCUCAACCUCUUCGUGUCUGCCCCACACUAACCUAACGUAGCAGGCGUUAAAAAAAAACGCACAGACUGGACAAGUAGGUGCACAAUGGAUUAUGGUCAUUGUAGUUAACUACGUUUCUGCGCUAAACUAUGUAGAAUAUUGGCCUGUUGGAAACUACAACUCCCAACAACAUUACACAGUUCGGGCUUGAUUUGAUUUAUCUUGAGAGAAACUGCGCAUUGAGCUCACAGAAAAAAACUAAAACGCACAGACUGGACAAGUAGGUGCACAAUGGAUUAUGGUCAUUGUAGUUAACUACGUUUCUGCGCUAAACUAUGUAGAAUAUUGGCCUGUUGGAAACUACAACUCCCAACAACAUUACACAGUUCGGGCUUGAUCUGAUUUAUCUUGAGAGAAACUGCGCAUUGAGCUCACAGAAAAAAACUGAAGGAAAUGGAAUUCAAAUAAUUGAACCAAUAUCUGUGAAUUAGUUGUUUAAAAAACAAAAAAUGACAAAUGUUGAUUUAAUUGCUCAGCACUAACGGCUACUGGACUCACCCCACCACCACCGGAUGGACCACCCACUCCAACCUGACCUGUAGCCUCCUACACAUUCCUCUAUAAGCUGUUAACUACCAUGUUACGUUUUCCAACAGAGGCCGAGCCGUUUAUUAAUACACCAUUGGUUGAGGUUUUAGUCUUUCGUCCCCCCCGAGGAGAUGCUGAUCUGCAGUUUGUUUGGAUUAACAGCUAGCCUGUCGCUACCUGUCUGUUAGCACAGCUAUCUAUCACUCUCUCUUGCUAAGUUAAAGGUAGCUGUUGGAGUCAUGGCUAAGGUUUCACUGAUGAAGUCAGGCAGGAAGAGAAGGGGUGGGUUUAUUGCAGUAAGAGUUGAGUGGUCUCUGUGUCCAGGGAGCUGGCUGGCGUUAGCAGGCUAUCACCUGGAUAUGUCGGCGUGUCUAAGUAUAGCGAUUAGCCCGCCAUGUCUAGCUCAGUAAACAGCCCCCAACUCCAACCCUAUACACACAACGCACACACCAGUAGAACAUGUCCCAGAAACACAUGUGUGCACCAGAAACACAUACACACAUUCCCCCAUCCCCCAUGGUAAAGGCAGUGUCAGUGGGCGUCGGAGGUAGAGACAUGGGGAGAUUCUCGUUUGGGCAAAAUUCUGUCCUCUCUCCUCGGUGACCUGGAAACCAAUAAGUGGUCGAGUAUUGUGUCAAUUUGAUAGUAGGCAAACAAAAGAGUGUCCUCCCCUCCUCGAUAGCCACCUUUCAUUGAGGAUACUUAUGUGUAUCCUACUGGCGGAAGAGUUUUGAAAUGUACCACACCCCCUUUAAAUCAGCAUUUGUUUUGUUAGGGGGGGGGAAAUAUGCACACAUUUAAAAACAAUAUGCUUCUUAUUAUUGUAUCUAUAAAAUGUAUUGCACAACUAACUUAUUUGUUUUGGGAUCACUCUACACAUUUUUUGGGAUUCACCACUGUAAACAUAAUUAGCCUAAUGAUGCGCGAGUGGAGAAGGAGCGUCUCAUUUCAAGCACAUUUCCAAACACGUUCACUCUCCUCGCCGACUCUCCUCGAUUAACUUUGGCCUUUUUCAAAAGGAGGCGAGAGAGGACGCAGGAGGUGAGCAAAUCUAAUUGAGAAAAGGCCAUGGUAACAUAGAGGGGGAAGCUUUUGUCCUACAUUCUGAAACCCUAGCUGGCUAUGGCCGCUUCCGCCACAGCGUCCUGAAAUAUGCCUCUCUUCCUUUCCCGCCCCCUCUACCUCUUUCUCACCCCCACACCACCUCUCUCUCUCUCUCUCUCUCUCUCUCUCUCUCUCUCUCUCUCUCUCUCUCUCUCUCUCUCUCUCUCUCUCUCUCUCUCUCUCUCUCUCUCUCUCUCUCUCUCUCUCUCUCUCUCGGCAGCUGUUCAUUCAUAUGUCGAAGGGGACUAGUGGGAGGUGGGGUGGCUUGACAGUAUAAAUACCGUUUGUCAACAAGUUGUAUUGAGUGUUGGUGAGUCCUAGGCUUAGUGCCACUGUGGGGUAGACCAGACCAUGCUGAGACUGACUCUCUGUUGGUCCACAUGAUAAUGAAUGAAUGGCCAGGCAAGGUCAGGGACUCUUCCCAAUAUUACAAACACAAUUCUGAACAGACUAGAUGGUAUUUCCAUUGUGAAUCAAUGUAGAAAUGUUGCACGCGAUGUCCCAAGUCUACACUACUCACAUGUGCUUCUAGUAAAGACACAUUUACAGUCAGUGCUGAGAUUGCAGCAUCUAGACCCUCCCACCCACUUUCUCUACUAAAUCAUACCCUUCCCCCUCAAAGCCACUCUGUCUCGACAUGGUUGCUACACACUGUACACAUGCUUUGUUUUACAGUCAUAUUUUUAUGGCGUAGACCUGGUAUUUACUGAAAAAUUGUGUGAUAAUAUGGGUAUUUUCUGGUACUCACUUCAAAGAAUUCAACAUUGUUAACCAACAGUUAGUGCUUCAUGGUGUGUGCUUCAAUGAAACCCAAAGUAUUUAUUGGACAAUGAUCAUGUUAUUACCACUUUACCACCUCAUAUGCUAUGAAAGGGACUGGGCAAUCACUACCAACCUACAUAGAAACGAAACCCAGUGGAGCAAAACAGAAAAGUGAAAUGAAGUCAUUUUUCUUUCAAUAUCAAACAGGAGACUCCAUUGAUCAUGUGGUGUUGAAACGACAUAUGUCACCUUCAUGGCAUAUAGGGUAAAGGACUGUAAGCUAAACCCUUCUCUCUCUGUCCCCCAGUACCACAUCAACAAGCUGUCCAUCAUGUCGUCAGGAAACCACAUGAACAACAGUGAGAAGGAGGUGGACGAGGUGGAUGCUGCCCUGUCAGACCUGGAGAUCACCCUGGAGGGAGGCAAGACCUCCAACACCCUGGUACAACACCUUACUGUCCUAUACUAACCCCAACCCUAACCCUGUCAGACCUGGAGAUCACCCUGGUACUACACCUUACUGUCCUAUACUAACCCCAACCCUAACCCUGUCAGACCUGGAGAUCACCCUGGUACAACACCUUACUGUCCUAUACUAACCCCAACCCUAACCCUGUCAGACCUGGAGAUCACCCUGGUACAACACCUUACUGUCCUAUACUAACCCCAACCCUAACCCUGUCAGACCUGGAGAUCACCCUGGUACAACACCUUACUGUCCUAUACUAACCCCAACCCUAACCCUGUCAGACCUGGAGAUCACCCUGGUACAACACCUUACUGUCCUAUACUAACCCCAACCCUAACCCUGUCAGACCUGGAGAUCACCCUGGAGGGAGGAAAGUCCUACAACACCCUGGUACUACUUUAGUGUGUGGAUUCCAAACCCACUGGCUCCAGGCCAUCUAUAAAUCACUGCUAGGCAAAUCCCCGCCUUAUCUUAGCUCAUUGGUCACCAUAGCAGCACCCACCCGUAGUCUGCGCUCCAGCAGGUAUAUCUCACUGGUCAUUCCCAAAGCCAACACCUCCUUUGGCCGCCAUUCCUUCCAAUUCUCUGCUGCCAAUGACUGGAACGAAUUGCAAAAAUCUCUGAAGCUGGAGACACUUAUCUCCCUCACUAACUUUAAGCAUCAGUUGUCAGAGCACCUUACCGAUCACUGCACCUGUACACAGCCCAUCUGAAAUUAGCCCACCCAACUACCUCAUCCCUAUAUUGUUAUUUAUUUUGCUCUUUUGCACCCCAGUAUCUCUAUUUGCACAUCAUCUCUUGCACAUCUAGCAUUCCAGUGUUAAUACUAAUUGUAAUUAUUUUGCACUAUAGCCUAUUUAUUGCCUUACCUCCAUAACUUGCUACAUUUGCACACACUGUAUAUAUAUUUUCUGUUGUAUUUUUUUGACUUUAUGUUUUUUUACACCAUAUGUAACUCUGUGUUGUUGUUUUUAUCGCACUACUAUGCUUUAUCUUGGCCAGGUCGCAGUUGUAAAUGAGAACUUGUUCUCAACUGGCUUACCUGGUUAAAUAAAGGUGAAAUAAAAAAAUAAAUAAAAAAUAGUUCACUGAACAUUACUUUACUGCAAGGCAAGAGGUUUGUUCAGAAGGCUAAAUACUAUAGUUGGUAUCACAUGAUGUGGCCAUUGUUAAAUGUACCCCUCCCCAACAGACUGAGGUUUAUACAGCUUAUCUGAGGAAGUUGAAGCUUGAUUACACAACUGUUUAUUUUAUAUGCAACGCUGAGAGUCAAACUUGAGGUCAUUGUUAGAGUUGUGCAGAAUCCUGCCCUUCUCCUUUUAUCAAUAAACAUUUGUUCUUCUCUUCUCUUCCUCUCAGGGUGAUAUCACGUCCAUUCCUGAACUGGCCGACUACGUCAAAGUCUUCAAGUAAGUUCAAUUACUGCUCCUGCUGUAGAAGGUGUCUUUAAUCACAGAUCUAGGAUCAGCGUAUCAUCCUGAAAUCUUAACUAGGGUUGCAAAAUUCCAUGAACUUACAAUAAAAUGUCCUGAUUUUCCCAAAUCCCGGUUGGAGGAUUCACAGAAUCUGAGGGAAUAAGCAGGAAAUCCGGAAUCCUCCAACCAGGAGUUCUUGAAAACCAGGGAAUUUAUUGAAAGUUCCCGGAAUUUUGCAAAUCUACACCAUUAGGGGGGAAUUCAAAGCUGACCUUAGAUCAGUGGCUAAGGGCCAACUAGCGAGUUCCUCCUAACUCUCCAGACUGCCUCUGUUAAUUCCAAUUUGUCUUUCCUUGAUGUCUUCUAAUGACAGGCCAUGCGCCUUUAAAGAAUGCAUUGUCCCUGGGAUGUUAAAUAUAAUACUGGAGGAGCAGGAAACAAGGUUUGGACCCAUAUUGGAGGGCUGUUGUCUGUUCAGUAUCAAGCUAGGCUGUGUGGAUUGUGUUUGUGGACAGGAUUGUUCACAGGGCCAGCUGAUUGGUGAGGCUGAAGAUGUAACAAAGUUUGUGUGACCACUGCGCUCAGAACAGGUGUGUCAACCAAAAUGUAAUAGAAUUCCAAAUGAUGUAGCUAGUACGCACUCAAAAAGGAGAUUCAAGGUUUCUUUUAGUAUUUAUUUCAUUCAGGGGUAGGUAGAUGGAUGUUUCGACCUAAGGUUUGUUGUCUAUCUACCUACCACUGAAUGAAAUAAAUACUAAAAGAAACCUUGAAUCUCCUUUUUGAGUGCGUACUAGCUACAUAAUUUUGGAAUUCUAUUACAUUUUGGACCAGCAACACUAUUUACAAAUGUAACAAAAACACUGAUAACUAGCUAGGUUUCCAUCCAACUGGCGACAGAUUUUCAUGCGAAUAUUCUAAAAUCUGCAUGAAAACAUUUUCCCACCAGAGAUGUGUUUCCAUCAAAUUGACCCGUUGCGGAUAAAAGGCUGUGCUUGAUGACAUAGUGCACAUAAAAAUACCUUUUGCGGUUCAAUUCCCAUGUACCAAAAAAUAAUUGUGUGUUAUAUAGCGAGUGUGCCCACUCUGGUCUUGGCAUGUGCGCUCUAGCCAACAGCGUGCAGAUACUGUAGGCUAUCUGCACGCUGUUGGCUAGAGUGCACGUAUAGCCUACAUGAUGAGAUUAUUAUGGACAAACGGCAGCCAAGCUUUGACCAUCAUGUCACCAGAAUAAGACCCUCAAUAUUUAUUGGAAAGGAGCAUCAAGCUCAUCACCUUGCACUUUCACCACCCUGUGAAGUUUAUCAUAACUUAUUUCAGUCUAAUAGUCGUAGUUGGAGGACCACACAUGUCAUUGCGUGACUCCAAGUUUACUUUGAUAUGAUGGUUAUUAUAUUAAUAUUUGCGCAUAAAAGGGUUUCCAGCGACAUUUCUUGCAUAAUUUAUUUUACAGACACAAAAAGAUCCCACCUUGUCUAGCAUAUUUUUUUUUCUCCGACAUUUGGAAAGUUUACAGAAUAGUUUUCUUAUUCCAUCAGGCCUGUCAUAACUUUUUUUUUUUUUUUUUUGACAUAUACUUUACUGGCAUAAAAAGGUUGGAUGGAAACCUGGUUACUGUGGUACUAAGGAUACAAAACACAGAAAUAUGUCAGGGGUUAAGAGGACGAGUAAAAAAAAAACUCCUGGCCCUAGUCAUAGACUCCAACUAGGGCACAGAGUAAUAGCUUAUACAUAGGCGCCCAGAGUUGUUCUUGGUCAGGUCAGCUGGUCAGUAAAAACUCUGGGCCCUAGUCAUAAUAGCCUUUUGGCCACAGGCCAAUGCUGACAAGCAGCUAGCUCUCACAGCUUUAAUAAUGUUGUAAAAAUAUAAGCUGUAGACACAUGGCAUUUCCACAGUAAUAGUCUUCCAUUAAAUCUCAUGCCCAGAGUUGGCUCCUCCUAUUCAUGCUGCUGACUCAGUUAUGGACCACUGAAGGAGGCUGAGAAAGCUCCCUCUCGCUCUCUCUCAUAGAAAAAAGGGGGGUACUUUUUUCCACUUGAGGCUUGAUGGUUCUCUCCUCUUGGUGUCUGGGGGUGGGUUAGUGUUGCUAAGCUAUGUGUUUUGUGAUUCAAGCAGGAACUGACAACCACCCUUGUCUCUUCUUCUCUCUCUCUCUCUACCUCUCCCUCUCUUCUUCUCUCUUCUAUGUAUUUUCCAGGCCAAAAAAACUGACACUGAAAGGCUACAAGCAGUACUGGUGCACGUUCAAGGACAUCACAAUUUCCUGCUACAAGAGCAAAGAGGAGGCUCAUGGGACGCCCUCCCUCCAAAUGAAUCUAAGAGGUACCAGGACCACACACACACACACACACACACACACACACUGAAGAAGGCAACGGUUCCUUUAUGACCUAAGUGUGUGUGAUCCCCAGUGGUGUGUGAUGGAUGGUUUUGACCCCCUCGCGUCCCCUUCCUCUGUGAACUUUUCCUUGUCUUUGUAGGUUGCGAGGUGACACCAGAUGUGAACAUCUCCAGUCAGAAAUUCAACAUCAAGUUGCUAAUCCCGGUGGCUGAUGGCAUGAAUGAGAUCUGGCUGCGGUGUGACGCUGUGAGUGUGGCUCUCUGGCUUCCUCUAGCUGCAUGGAGGACCAUCUGUCACAAUGUCAAGAAUGCAAUACAUUUACUUUUUUUUUUUUUGGGGUCAUUUAGCAGACGCUCUUAUCCAGAGCGACUUACAGGAGCAAUUAGGGUUAAGUGCCUUGCUCAAGGGCACAUCGGCAGAUUUUUCACCUAGUCGGCUCGGGGAUUAGAACCAGCGACCUUUCGGUUACUGGCACAACGCUCUUACCCACUAAGCUACCUGCCGCCCUAUAUUUACUCAUGGUUUUACAUUUAAAAGCGGCUUAGAAACAUAUUAAGAAUGAUCAGAUUUGUGUCAAUAGUUGGAGUGUAGGUGAAAAUGAGCAGAAUAUUGCAGUUACCACAUACAACGGAAAGUACUCUAGGACCUAAUGAAAAGCCUUGCAUAUCAUUGGCCUCAGCAUAACCACCACCACCUCCUUCCCCAUGCAGGAGAAGCCGUAUGCCCACUGGAUGGCAGCGUGCCGCCUGGCCUCUAAGGGGAAGACAAUGGCAGACAGCUCCUAUAACCUGGAGGUCCAGAACAUUCUGUCCUUCCUCAAGAUGCAGCACAUGAACCCUGACCCCCAGUUCAUCGCCGAGCCAGCCGUCACCAACGACAUCAACUCUGAGUGCCUGGUGUCGCCGCGCUACCUGAAGAAGUACAAGAACAAGCAGGUAACUAGCCAGGGGCUGUGUGGAGAGGAGACCCCAUCAGUGUAGACAAUAGAUGUUUGGACCAUCACUCCCUGGAUUCAAAUACACAUGCAGACUGAUGCAUAUUGCUACACUACCAGUGAACUGACAAAAGCUAUGGCAACAAAAAGCAAUCCUUAAUCAUGUUCAGAUGAGUUGAUGUUAGUCAGGUGAAGGUUUAAGGAUAGCCUUUGGUCCUCCAUGGAGGCCGGAUGGAGAGAGAUGGAGGGGGAAGAGGGGGGCAGAGCAGUGUUCAAGGGGGAGGUUGUUGUUUACCCCCCUGAUACUUCCCAGCUGGCCUGGGGUGCCUCCUGGCAUCUGGGUUGUCCUGCACAGGAAUGCAGUCUCCCUCCUCCUCCCUCUAUCCCUCCCUCCUUCCCUCUCCAAGGGGAACCCAGGACAGCAGACCAAGCACUCGGCAGUCUAAAGGGAAGGAUUGCCACAAGUCAAGCUCAAAUGAUAUCUCCUUACUCUAAUCAGCUUCCUUCCCUCAUCUCCCUUCCGUCAUUACCUCUGAAAGGAAGCUAGUUGACUGGAUAGAGGUCCACCAUGUUAUUUUCACCCAUCCAUGUCCUGCCAUAUCUGUGCUCAUGUAACAGUAUUGCUUCCCUCCCUCUCUUCGGCCCAACCGGGGCUUGAACCAGGGACCCUCUGCACACAUCAACAACGGUCACCCUCAAAGCAUCGUUACCUAUUGCUCCACCAAAGCCGCGAGCCUUGCAGAGCAAGAGAAAAAACUACUUAAAGGUCUCAGAGCGAGUGACGUCACCGAUUGAAACGCUACUAGCGCGCCCCGCUAACUAGCUAGCCAUUUCACACCGUUUACACUCGAAGGAAAAAGAGGAAACUAAUAUAUUACUAAAGGUUAUUGAGAGACACAGCCAGAGAAAUAGAGACGCAACCUAAAGGAGUUGUCACAAUGAGAACUCCGAAACAAACCACCAAAAGCCAACCAAUGACGAGAAGUCACAUUUACGCAUUAGGCCCUCAUAGGCAGAGAUUCAUUUACAUUUAAGUUACAGGAAAAUUGUGCUCUGUACUUAGCAAAUUCCCAUGUAAAUAACAGGCUGACGUGUAAACCGGUACAAAUGAGAGGGGGAGUGGUCUUCCUGUGCUUACUCACUCAAUGUGGUUCUGAUUAAGCUGAAUAGGAAAAGCGGGAAGUUCCUUUGGUGUGUGGUGGUUAAGUGAUGACUCUAUACUAGUCUGGGUUUGGACUGUAACCAUAACUUCAGCCUGAUGUGAAUCUGGGUCGUCUAGAAAAAGAGCAUAGGGAAAGACCACUCAUAGUGUGUGAGUGCGAAGGGAGGAGAGGAAACUCAUCAAACAGGAAAUGUCUAUCCAGGGUCGACAUCCUAAAAACAGUCAUUACCGUGUCUGCUGGAUCACACUGGAAUGGUGUUUCUGUCCCAAAAAAGGAGAAAAGGAGACAUACUGGUUUAUUCUGCAUUGCUGCCCAAAACAGGAUAGGUGUGUGUAUAGUCUGUGUAGUGUGCGUGUGUGAGAGAAAAUGGGCCUCCCCUUUGAUCUCAUAGUAGCACCCCUCCUAGCUUCUCUCCCCAGGCCUGCGGGUCUGUCUGUAUGGGGCUGUGGUUCUGGCCCAGCUCCAGUCUCUAUCUCAGUUCGGGGCUCUGAGCUCCAACCCAGCCCAGCUAGGCAGGCAGGGGAUGUCCCUAAGGCACCACAUGAAACACUCAUCUCUGCCUGGAGAGGGCAACUGGCGGUGUGUUCAUAGAGGGAAGUUUGUGUGUAGUGUGUGUGUGUGUUCUUCAUGCAACUGUGUAUGUGAGAGUGUGUGUGUACUGUAUGCUUGUGGAUAUACAGUAUGUGUGUGUGAGUUUGUUUGGGAGCUUCAGGAAAUGAGUCCUGUCUGGGAAUGCAGAGCGGGAAGCCAGGCUGGGAAAAGCCACUCUGUCAGCCACUCAGUCGCAGGUCAAUGUUUUUCGUCGUGAAUCUUGUUCUGGAGGAAGCUUUGCAGAUUGGUCACUAGCAGGCACAGUCAUAAAAUCUGAUUUUAAACCUAACUUUAACCACACUGCUAACCCUAAUGCCUAACCCUAACCUUAAAUUCAGAACAAUGAAUGUCAUGAAUUUCUACAAUAUAGCAACUUUUUUCUUUGCAGCUGGCCUAUCUAAGUGGACAUUUCUCAGUUCUGCCUCAAUGACAAGACUCAUGACAAUAAAUGUCAACCUUCCACUACGUCAGUCAGUCAGCUGUGCUGUGGGAAAGAGGCUUGCAAGGUGCUGCCUCUGCUCUUUCCUUUUAAAAAAAAUGUUUUAUACUUGACUUCCUGUCCUCUGACUCCCCCGAUGUGACUUCCAUGCUGCAAUUCCCAGCGGAUAUGCACAGGAAUUUAUAGAUCACUGUGAGUUAGGCUAGAUGGAUUCCUAACUUCCUAGCCAAACAUACAGUUUUACAUAAGAGAAAGCAAACUGGGCAGGCACAAUAACAAACAACAGGAUAUUGCUAGAUGACCUAAUGCAGAGGGCUGUAGCGGUGUUUAGGUGAGCUGUGUGAUGCCUUGGUAUGUGUCCCCACCUGGUGUACAUGAAGGGAAUUGCAUACACAAGAUGAAUGGCCUGCCGUACAGUACAGUAGCUACUUAAAUCUAAAAUAGAACAAACAUUAACUGUCAUAAUAGCUCCAAUGAAAUGUUUCAAACUUGUAAAUCAAUGAAAUCAGUUUGUAAUAAUUUGUGUCGUAAACCCUCUGUUUGCCCUGACAUAUACUGACUGUGACUGCUGCUGCUUUCUCUCCCUAUGGAGACUGCUGCUGCUUUCUCUCCCCAUGGAGCCUGCUGCUGCUUUCUCUCCCCAUGGAGACUGCUGCAUGAUCCUGAAGAGAUCAAAAUGCUCCUGUUAAUUUAGCCUGUUCUGAUUAUGCUACUUUGUUUUGAAGCUGUUUUCUUUGCUCAAAGGCCUUGUUCUCACUUGCUUGUUUUUCUUUGUUCUUUCUUUCUGUUUUCUCUCUUCCCUCCUUUUGCACUGUCCUCCCAUCCCUGCCUGCCUCCCUCCCUCUUCAGCCAGGCUAUAUCAGGGACCUGGUAAGUGGAGAUGGGUUUGUCUUCGGGCCAUGUUUGAUUUACCAUAUCAGUAGAUCUGUAACAUAGUCUCAAUAGUUAGUUAGUUUCACCUUUAACAUUAGAAAAACAUAAACUGCCUGGUCAAGGGUGAUUGCUAGCUAGUGUUUUGGUUUUGUCCGAUCCUCAUUUCCUCUAAUUUCUCCUUCAACUACUAACACACUCUAAAUGUGAAGCUAAAAUAGUAAAGUGGUGAGUCUGUGUCCUGAAGACCCAGGUCAGCAUCUGUCUGUCUGCUCAUCUGUCUGUCUGCUCAUCUGUCUGUCUGCUCAUCCCACUGACUCAUACACCGGGGUGGGGAGGCACUUCAUUGGCCAGUAGACUGGCCUCUGGGGAGGGUCACGUAUCUCAAAUGUUUGUUGAUACUUUAGUUUGGUUACCUUGUGUGCCUUCCUAUAUUUAUGGGGAGGUGUGUCUUUGGGUUUGGGGGUUUAUAGGGUGGUUAUAGGACAGGGCCAUGUGUGCACAGUAGACCUAUGUCUGUGCAGGUGUGUGUCUAGGGCUUGGUUUCAGAGUGGUGGUGGUUUGUGUCUGUGAUGUGUGUGUUCAACAGUCUUUCGUUGUGUGUUCAUCAGAUUUCGGCCCGGAUCCUAGAGGCCCACCAGAACGUGGCCCAGAUGAGUCUGAUCGAGGCCAAGAUGCGCUUCAUCCAAGCGUGGCAGUCCCUGCCUGAGUUUGGCAUCACUCACUUCCUGGCCAAGUGAGUCCCCCUCUCUUCUCCAGAGUCUCUUCAUACACUCCUUUAUCGAAAUAACAGAUCUCUUCCCCCAAGUCUCUUUGUCUGCCCAUCUGCCUCUCUGUCUGUGUUUGGGCUUGUUCUUUUACAGCUAACAGAGAUUUUAUUGUCAGAUUUCAAAGAUGCGUGGUUGAAAUCCAAUAAGCUUAUUACUUCCAAUAAGCACAUCCCAAGCUGUGAGCUCAUUUCGAAUUCUCUGUCAUUCUCAGAUUCCAGGGUGGGAAGAGGGACGAGCUGAUCGGCAUCACCUACAACCGUCUCAUCCGAAUGGACGCCAACACCGGAGACGCCAUCAAGACCUGGAGGUUCGCCAACAUGAAGCAGUGGAAUGUCAACUGGGAGAUCAAGAUGGUAUGGAUUUCAGCUUAUAGACCAGAAAAUAAACAGUUUUAAAGACAGGGCAUUCAAUACUCUGAACACAGUUACCAUCCAUUUGUUUUAGCUUUAUCAUCUUAGCUUGGCAUUUCACAUGGUAAAUACAUUUUAAAAGGAUAAUCUCUGUUCUACUAAAUUAAUAUUGUAGAAUCCUAUGGUUUUGACUGAUCAUCCUGUGCCCCUAGGUGACGGUGGAGUUUGCAGACGAGCCUAGCCUGGCCUUCAUCUGUGCGGAGGUGGACUGUAAGGUGGUACAUGAGUUCAUCGGAGGCUACAUCUUCCUGUCCACGCGCGCCAAAGACCAGAACGAGUCUCUGGACGAGGAGAUGUUCUACAAGCUGACCAGCGGCUGGGUCUGAGUCUGACUACCUGACCCCCUGGGCCAGAGGCCAGAGGUUGGGGUCAAGAGGGGAGGGAGGGUGGUGGCUAGAUCAUAUAGGUUUAUUUUAUUUCUUAUAUAUUUUUGGUGGUUUUAUUUUGGAACCGUGCUUUAGAGCCCCAUGCGGCCGCCCACUAUCGCCAUUGUUGUUAAGAAGCUGAUACCCUUUAUUUGUUGUUGCAUUAAUGCUAACAAAGGUUUUUGUAAACACUAAUAUUCUGCGCAACGCUGCAGCCCAGACUAACUCCAAACCCUGCCUGUGGCCCCCCCAUCGCCCACAUUAUUUGACAGAAAGUUUUUAUUUUUUCAUGACCGCUCUCCACUCCCCCAUCCCACCAAUGCACUGGGGACAUCAGCCUUUUCCUCAAGCAGCUAUCACAAAGCUACGUCCAUGAGAACCUAUCACAUGUCAUCAGGAGACAUCAACUCCAUUCCAAAGACUAUUUCUUAAUUCCCCCCCCCCCCCUCCCCUUCUACUCUGACUCCCCUGAAGGAACUGAUCAAAUUGACCCGUCAGCCUCUCAGCUACGGCGUCAUCAUAUUCCGACCAGACAACAAAACCAUGUAUCAGUGCUUAUGAAGAAUCACAUUAUUUAUUUAUCCCUGUUUUGUUUACUGGUUUUAAAGUUGUCAUUUUGGUGAGGUGUGGUGGUGUUCGGAGUCUUUGAAGUGGCCUGUUGUUGUUUGUGUACUGCCUGACAUCCUGUGAUAUGAUACUCUGUCUAAUUUAUGCUGCAGAGUGACACCUCACUCUCACGUGUUGUACAUCCACAUAUUUACUCCAUUUGGUGUAACUACAGGCAGUAGCAAUCAUCAAAGUAAGAGUAUCGGCAAAACAGCGACACACUUUUACUUUCUCAGCAGAGACCUGAAGUGAUAUGAGGUCAUUUUCUUCCGUCAUUAAGGAAAUGCUGAGGAACCCAGAGGUCAUGGAGAGACUUGGGCACCGUGUCCUCUCCAUCGAUGAAGGAUUUUCACUUUGAUCUAACUAGUCCAUAUGAAGUCACACUUCGGCAGUAAGCACUUCUCCAGUAUAUGUGUGAUCCCUGGUCACACUUUAUUUGGAUAGUCCGGAUUUUCCAUCUGUAGAUGCUCUACAGCUGGUCACGCUAUCAACAAGCUAUAUUGAUAAGCAACUGCUUGCUAAGGUUACAGUUAGGGUAAUGGUUACGUUUAGGAUAAGGAUUAAGGUUAGGGUUAGUAGAUAGUUAGUUGAAAUGUUACUGAUAGUCUGUAGAGCAUCUAUAGAUGGACUUCAAAUAAAGUGUAACCUGAUCCCUUAAUGAAUAAGCUGUAGUAGUUCAAUUCAUUGUUGUUUUUUUUCAUUGUGUUUUUGUGUCUGAACAUACCUCCAGUGACUGUCUCCUAUCCUCUGUGUUCAGUAGCUCUAUAGUAAUCUGUGUGAAACACUACAUACAACAGCUAAUAAGUGCGCUUGGAGAGUUUAAACAGCCUUGGUACACACCUACAGUAGCGCUUCUCUGUCUGCAUUAGUUAACAUGUCAGCACAACAGGAGCUCAAGCAGGGUGAAUGUCCUGUAGUUUCUUAUCUGUAAACUGCUGAAUAACCAUGCCUUGUUCUCAUAGCUACACUCAAGGUUGAAGGUGUCAGUGAUCAUCUAGAAGGGGUCACUCAAGGAUACUCUGUUUGAGAAGGAAUUUUAAUGGGUUUCAUGGGCAAGUUCUGAGGCAAUUACUGAAAAUGCAAAUAAGAAUGUUAUUGUCAUGGAAUAUGUGGUGCCAUGAAAGAUUGUUGCCCAAAUGAUUUGGCUCAGAUACAUGCUGCCAGCCACAUAGUGUUGUCCGGUGUCCACAGCAUGUCGGAAAGACCUCGACUCUGCCUUGAGACUCAGACCCUUGCAAUUGCAUUGUGCAUGUGUAGUACAGCUGGAGGGAUACUACCAAUAAUAACAGCGUUCCCAAGUGCUGCCGCCUCUUUUACGUUGCCAUUCUUUAUCGUACACCGUAUAGUGUUAUUGUUCAGUACCCUUUUCACUAUUACGCUCCAGCAAUAGGUCACCAAGUUUGAAGAAUGAAUUAUGCAAAGUCUUUUUUCUUUGUCCUCAGUAUGAACGAACAUUAAAUGAAGUAUUAGUUUUUUGUAACUAAUGUAAAAACACAGGUUUUAUAGAAUUGUACAGUUCUUUUGUUGCUGCUUUUUUUCUUGUUGUGUAUUUUUCUUUCCAGAAAAGGGGGGGAAAGCCAUUUGUCAACGUUGUGUAGUAUGAAAAUAUGUGCCUGCCAAUGUUAUUAGUCUUAUAGAGUUUUUAACAUGAAUGAAUAUAUAUAUAUAUUUAUAUAUAUAUAUAUAUAUAUAUAUUUAUAUAUAUAUAUAUAUAUAUAUAUAUAUAUAUAUAUUUAUAUGAAGAAAACGCUAGUCUCAAACUCCAGGUUGGUUGGGAUUUAACAACGAUUUUUCUCACACUACAUAUUAUUAUUAUUACUCAGAAAUAUUGAUAAAAGUGCUUUUCAAUGUACUUUUUUCUUGUUGCCUCUCCUAUAAGCUGAAUUACAUGGAUAUUUUAUUGCAUUUAUUUGGCACUGAUCUUUCUCUCUAGCUCUGUAAACUACCACCAAUGACACAUCCCUAGGCUGCCAAACCCUUACUCUGCUGUUCAGUGCCUUUUCAAAAAUAUAUCACUUCAUUUUCAGAUUUGAUCACUAUUGUAGCUUUUAACUGAAUAAUGUUUUUGGUAUGAAGGAGACCCUUUUAGUUGAAGUAGACCUUGGAGUUUGAGACAAACGGCCGUAUAUGAACUGAAGUAAAAUAAGCAAACUUAGCCUAGUUCUUUCCUAUAACAGUUGUUUUUUGUUUUCCUCCAAUGUCCAGAGCAGCAGUGCAUGGCCGGCUGUUUUCAGACUGUAAAAAAUGCAUUUAUUUAAAAAAAAUAAAAGUAAUUUUUAUUUAAGUAA